UGACCUGCUUGUCGUGUGCCGAAAUGCCUCGAUGAAUCGCAGUCCUCCAAACACAACGCGAAAAGACAUUAUUGAAUCAAAUGAUUGAAACUCUUGUUUGAGAUCGUGUCAGUCAGAUUGAAUAUAAAAGCGACUUGUCAGUUUAAAGCGCAGCGGAUUGACGGUGACUUUUAUAGUUUAUUCCACUGAUGUCUCAUCUUAUCAAGCUGAGUGUGUUAAAGCGCUGUUUAACAUCUAAAGAGACAUACAACUACAAACGCACAAGUUAAAGAAGAGAGCCCAGGAGAAAUACAGAACUGAAUACCUGCGCUGUUCACCUUGGCGAUCAGGCUUGCAGUGUGUGAGUGGGAUGUCUGCAGAUCAGCUGUGGCCUGACUAUGGUGAAACACCAACCCUUGCAGGUCUAUGAGAGACAGCUGUGUUUGUCCUGCCUGACCGGGAUCUACGGCUGCCGCUGGAAACGGUACCAACGCUCCCAUGACGACAGCUCCAAGUGGGAAUGUUCAUGGUUCUUUCUCCUCUGCUGUUCGUUUUUCCUCCUCCUCGUGUGGUCAUACUUCUGGUGGGAAGCUCGUAAUGACUACAACGAGUUCAACUGGUUAUUAUAUAAUCGUUCAGGCGUUUGGAAGGAUGGCACGGCCCCUAUUCUCGCCACAACACUCACUGGAUUCACUUACAUUGCAUUUUUAAUGGUUCUUGCAUUUUGUCACAUUGUACUGGGGCAGCAGCUUAACCUCUACUGGAUCCACAAGAUUGGAGUUCUGGCUGUUCUUCUCACCACCAUCACAGGUGUAGUGUCCAUUGAUGAUUUUUGGCAGGACGAAUGGGACAUUAUACUUAUUUCUCUACAGUUCACAGGUCCAUUCCUGCACAUUGGGGCCUUAGCUGUGGUCACAGCAUUAGGGUGGGUCGUCGCCGGUCUGGUGGUAAGAGGAGAAAGAUCAAGACUUCAGAUUGUUAUACUGGUGGUUUAUGUAUGUGUUCUUCUGGUGCUGUAUCUGGUUCCUCUCUUCAUCUCUUCUCCUUGCAUCAUGGACCGGUCCAAGCUCGGUCCUCGUCCUGCUGUCAUUGGCCGUCGUGGAGCUCCAAUGCUUGCUCCAGAACACACUUUUAUGUCCUUCAGUAAAGCUCUGCAACAGAAAGUCACUGCCCUAGAAGCAGAUGUUGCCAUCAGUCUGGACGGAGUCCCCUUUCUGAUGAGGGAUCGGACAUUACGCAGGACCACAGAUGUGGACAAGCUGUUUCCUUCCCGUCAGGACAACGACGCCUCGCUCUUUAACUGGACAGAGAUCCGCAGUCUCAAUGCUGGACUUUGGUUCCUCAGGGAUGAUCCGUACUGGACAGUGCAGUUCAUGUCGGAGAAGGACCGCAACCGUACGGCCAAUCAGACGGUGUGUAGCCUAGCAGAGCUUCUGCGUCUGGCGGCUCGAACAAAUCAAUCUGUGAUCUUCAGUCUGCGUCGACCUCCAGCCCAACACCCCCGACACCAGCUGUGGGUCAGUGAUGCACUGAAGGUGAUUCAGAGAUCCAGCAUCCAACCAGAGCAGGUGAUGUGGACUUCUGACUGGUACAGGAAGAAGGUGCGUGCGGCGGUGCCACUCCUGCAGCAGACGUCAGAUGAGAAACUUCCUGUAGCUGAGCUAAAAGACAGAGGAAUCAGUACACUCACCCUGCACUACAGUCAAGCCAGAGCUCAGGAUAUCAGGCAGUUUUCUCACAGUAAUGUGAGUGUGAAUGUGUAUCCAGUGAAUGAGCCGUGGCUUUACUCGCUCGUGUGGUGCAGCGGGGUCCAGUCUGUCUCCUCUGAUGCUCCACACAUCCUGAAGAAAGUGCCUGUUCCAAUCUGGAUCAUGAGCGCAGAUGAAUAUGGCCUGAUAUGGAUCACUUCAGAUUUAAUCUCUGUAGCGAUUGUCAUUGGCAUUUUCACAUUUCAAAACUAUCACCUGAUCAGGUGGAAGAUGAGUGGCAUGCACACUUACAACCCUGAGCAGAUCAUGUUGAGUGCUGUAGUCCGUCGGCCGAGCCGUGAUGUUAACAUCAUGAAGGAGAAACUGAUCUUCUCAGAGAUAAGCAAUGGUGUUGGUAGCACAGAUGAGCUUUCCAUGUACACAGGAAAUGGACUGGAUGCAUAUGCGCUUGAUGAAGUCAUGACCCCAAUAUGUCAUACAGCUAAACUUUAGAGAAUCCUGGACUUCAUGUUUGCAU